CGGUUUCUGAGGCAGCCGCAUCCAUCUUUCUUCAGCGUCCAGCUCAACUUUCAUAACUCUUUUUCUUCUCGAAAAUUUCCUCUCUUGUUGUUGUUGUUGUCUGAGGAUCUUCCAAAGCACAUCGACUUCAUUGUAUCAAUUCAACACCUUACUUCCUCUCUAGUCCUAUUACUCAAUCACAAGAUGUCGGGCAUUCAACCUGUGGCGGUCUACGCCAUGAAAGUCCCUCCUGGAGACAUCAUGGUUCCUGCGGUCCCCGAGUUUGCUGCAAUGGUAAACUCCAACAAAAGCUUUAAUGGCUGUUCAGAGCGUUAACCAUGACAUAGUUUCGCGUAACCAUGGCCGCAAUUGACCCUAGCGCCGAACCAGACUUGGAGGCAGCCGACGACAAGAUCCCUCCGCGUGCUACCCUCAAACUGGUUCGAGUUCCAGGUUUUGACGAGUCCGACGAUGAUGAAGACUCCGACGACGAGCAUUUCGAUCUCGCCGACCUGGAGGAUGAUGAGGACUCCUCUGAAGACGAAGACGAGGUCAACGGCGGUCCAAGUGAGAAAAUAUCCAAGAAGGAACUCGCAGACGAGGAGGACGAAGACGAUGACAUGGAAGACGACGAUGACGAAGAUGAUGAUGAUCCUGAAGCCACCAUGAAGGCACUCGCUGAGCUCAAGAAGAUUAUGAGAGCCGACUCCAAGGGCAAAGGCAAGGCUAUUGAUGGCGAGUCGGACGACUCAGACGAUGAUGAGGACUCGGACGAUGAGUCCCUCGAAUUGGAUGAGGUGGUCAUCUGCACCCUUGAUCCCGAAAAGAACUACCAACAACCCAUUGACUUCGUCGUCGCUGAGGGAGAGCGUAUCUUCUUCAAGGUCUCUGGUACCCAUACCGUGCAUCUUACCGGCAACUAUGUUAUUCCUCAGGACGAUGGCUCAGCUUCACUCUACGACGAAGAUGACGAGGAAGAAGAUGAAUACGAUCUGUCUCCGGAUGAGGAUGAACUCGAUUUGCUUGAGGGCGCCGAUUCCGAAUCCGACGACCUGGAUGACCUAGAUGACCCGCGCGUGACUGAGGUCGACAGCGAAGACGAAGCAGCCCCAAAAUUGGUCAAGGGAAAGAAUAAGCGUCCUGCUGAGGAAAGCGAUGACGAGGAGGCAAAUCUUGACGAUAUCAUGGCCAAGUCUUUAAAAAAGGACGAAACUGCACCUGCUGAGGACAGUAAGAAGCUUAGCAAGAGUGAGAAGAAGAAGCUCAAGAAGCUCAAGAAGAAUGAUGGUGAGGCCGCCGCUGUUGAGGACACUGCCGACUCGAAGAAAGAGGCGAAUGGCACCGGUUCCGAAAAGAAAGUCCAGUUCGCCAAGAACCUCGAACAAGGCCCAACCCCAGCAGGUCCGGCGACCACAAAGACCGACAAGAAAGCCGGCAAUGCCUCCCUAGGCGUCAAAGAUGUUCAAGGGGUGAAAGUUGAUGAUCGUAAGCUUGGUGAUGGUCCUGCUGCUAAGAAGGGCAACCGUCUGGAAAUGCGCUACAUCGGAAAGCUUGACAACGGCAAGGUGUUUGACAGCAACAAAGCGGGCAAGCCCUUUAGCUUCAAGCUCGGCGCCGGAGAGGUCAUCAAGGGUUGGGAUAUUGGCCUGCAAGGUAUCCAAGUUGGUGGCGAGAGACGACUGGUCAUCCCCGCACACCUCGCCUAUGGCAGCAAAUCCCUUCCUGGCAUUCCGAAGAACAGCAAGUUGACGUUCGACAUCAAGUGCCUGGCUGUGAAAUAGAUUUCAUGAUCAGAAAUUGACGGAUAGCCAACGUGAGAAGACAUAGUCUCGGCGCGGCUCCCUUUCAGGAUCAGGUGGCUCCCCAGUCCUUGGAUCCUAGGCGGACACCUUGAUGCACUUCCCACAACAUGUAUGCGUAUGAAGCGCCGUCCUCUUGGUGUUGUUGUGGGCAAUCGGCAUUUUAUUGGCGUUGAUGGCUCAAUCGGAAAGAUAAAUGGUCGAAGUGGCCUUUUCCAUCUCGAUUCCCCCCUGUAACUACUAGUGUUUGGUAGGGAAGGAUUGGAAAUGCUUUGGUACAAAAGCAUUCAUCUCUACCUUUCCAGAGCUUGAAAUACUUGGCUUUAGAAAUACAAAAGUACUGCUUGCAUGAUUCGGA